AAUCCCGCGGGUAAAUCAAAGCCAGACCUUGUCAGCACCCAGCUUGCUGGUUUCGAAUUCCCAGGCACUCUCCCUAUCCGCUCUGCUUGCAACCGCAGCAGCCAAACUCGCCUACGGAGCAGAAAUCGCUUCGCUGAACCACGAACUGCGCAGUUGCCCGGACGCAGCCUGCACAGACAGCCCUGAUUUGCUGCGGAGCGGCGGAGGCUCGCUCAGGGCAGAGCCGGGCUGCGCUGCCGCUCGCUGCUGACGCGUGGCCGCCGCCGGGAGCAGCCCCAGCCCGUUGCUGCUGCUGCUGCUGCUGCCUUCCCCAGAAUAACCAACCAUGACGACAGAGUCGGGAUCAGAUUCUGAGUCCAAGGACAAAGAGCAGGACCAGCAAGAAGCCCCUGCACAGCCAGGGGCAGCAGCAGAGGUCCCACCGCAGGAGCAGCAGCAGCAGCAGCAGCAGAGUGAAGAGCACCAGAACGCACUCGAGCAGUUCUCAGCUGUGGCAGCGCACAGCACACCAGUGAGGAAAGAGCAGACCACAGACAAAGAGCAGGAGUUUGCAGCUGCAAGUGCAAAACAGCUUGAGUAUCAGCAGUUAGAGGACGACAAGCUCUCUCAAAAAUCAUCAUCAAGCAAACUUUCCAAGUCUCCUCUAAAGAUUGUCAAGAAACCUAAAAAUAUGCAGUGCAAAGUGACACUCCUGGAUGGAUCCGAAUAUGCAUGUGAAGUAGAGAAACGUUCCAGAGGCCAAGUUCUAUUUGACAAAGUGUGUGAACAUCUCAAUUUACUGGAAAAGGACUAUUUUGGGCUAACGUACAGAGACACAGAAAACCAAAAGAAUUGGUUGGACCCUGCCAAGGAAAUCAAAAAGCAGAUCCGAAGUGGUGCUUGGCAGUUUGCAUUUAAUGUGAAAUUCUACCCUCCAGACCCUGCCCAGCUAUCCGAAGAUAUUACCAGGUACUACCUCUGCUUGCAGCUGAGGGAUGACAUUGUGUCCGGCCGGCUGCCCUGCUCCUUUGUCACCCUCGCCCUGCUGGGCUCCUACACUGUGCAGUCCGAGCUUGGUGACUAUGACCCCGAUGAAUACGGCAGUGACUAUGUCAGUGAGUUUCGCUUUGCACCAAAUCACACUAAAGAACUGGAAGAUAAAGUGAUCGAGCUGCACAAGAGCCACAGGGGAAUGACACCUGCUGAGGCUGAGAUGCAUUUUCUGGAGAAUGCCAAAAAGUUAUCAAUGUAUGGAGUAGAUCUCCAUCAUGCCAAGGAUUCUGAAGGAGUGGAAAUCAUGUUAGGAGUUUGCGCGAGUGGCCUCUUAAUAUACCGAGACCGACUCAGAAUAAAUAGAUUUGCCUGGCCAAAGGUUCUGAAAAUUUCAUACAAAAGGAACAACUUCUACAUCAAAAUCCGACCAGGGGAGUUUGAGCAGUUUGAAAGUACUAUUGGGUUUAAGUUGCCAAAUCAUCGUGCUGCAAAGCGCUUGUGGAAAGUGUGUGUUGAGCACCAUACGUUUUUCAGGCUCCUUCUACCUGAAGCACCUCCAAAGAAGUUCCUCACGCUGGGCUCCAAGUUUCGCUACAGCGGUAGGACACAGGCUCAGACGCGAAGAGCCAGUGCACUCAUAGACCGGCCUGCACCUUACUUUGAGCGGUCUUCUAGUAAACGUUACACAAUGUCUCGCAGCUUGGAUGGGGCAUCAGUGAAUGAAAACCAUGAAAUGUACAUGAAGGAUUCUGUGUCUGCUGCAGAGGUUGGUACUGGCCAGUACGCCACAACAAAGGGCAUCUCUCAGACCAAUUUGAUAACCACUGUGACUCCGGAGAAAAAGGCAGAAGAAGAGAAAGAUGAUGAAGAAGGCAAAAAGAAAAGAGCAGAGGAAGUCACUCCAAUCUCAGCAGUACGCCAUGACACAAAGCCACCUUUUCUUGGCACUGACUCACACCACUCCUCGCCGUCCCCGCAGCCUGGUCCCCAUGCAUCUUCAGCCAAGCUUCGCAGGAGAUGCAAGGAGAGUGCUCGAAAAAAGCCCUUAGGCUGCGAGUCACCCAAAGAGGGUGCUUCAAAGCAUGGGGAGGUAGAGCCGGACUCCGACAGAAAAGGGAGAGUUUGCUCUGUGGAGCAAGACGUGGCUUUCGGCUAUAAGCAAAAAGCCGGCAAAGGCGGGACACUGUUUUCCUUCUCCUUGCAACUUCCUGACUCAUUCCCUUCCCUCCUGGAUGAUGACGGCUACCUGUCGCUCCCUAACCUCUCCGAAACCAACCUCCUGCCUGCCAGCGUGCAGCAUUACCUUCCCAUCCGCUCUCCUUCGCUCGUGCCUUGCUUCCUCUUCAUUUUUUUCUUUCUGCUCUCUGCCUCUUUCUCAGUGCCAUAUGCCCUCACUCUCUCCUUUCCUCUGGCUAUGUGCCUCUGCUACCUGGAGCCCAAGGCGGCCUCCUUGAGUGCCUCACUUGCCAAUGACCUGAGUGACAGUUCAGAGGAAGAGACUGACAGUGAGCAGACGGAUACUGCAGCUGAUGGUGAGACCACUGCCACCGAGUCGGAUCAAGAGGAGGACGGAGAUCUAAAGGCACAGAAUAGUCUGAUUAAGCGAAUACAGGGUGAAAAUGUGUAUGUCAAACAUAGUAAUCUUAUGUUAGAGGACCUAGACAAAACCCAGGAAGAUCUGAUGAAACAUCAGACCAAUAUAAGCGAGUUGAAACGAACCUUCUUGGAAACCUCCACAGAAACGGCUGUGUCUAAUGAGUGGGAGAAGAGGCUUUCCACAUCUCCCGUUCGGCUUGCAGCAAGGCAGGAGGAGGCUCCUAUGAUUGAACCACUAGUGCCUGAAGAGACCAAAGAAGAAAGAGAAAAAUCAGAAAAACUCAUAGUAUUGCAGAAAGGAGGUACUACAUUCCUUGAAAUGCAGCCGAGUGUGAUAGAGAAGAAGCUGCAGGAAGGAGAAUCUGCUGACACUUUGGUUACUUCUCAUCAAAUCAUUAUCCAGAAAAGUAUCCCAUCAUCCCUAGAGGGCACUGAGGAUUGGGUUAUUAUAGACAAAGUACCUUCUGAGGUAGCUGAUGGUGAAUCGAAAAAAAAUGUGACAUACAAAGUGGUGACUGUGAGCAGUAAAGCUGGCAUUCCGCCCGAGGUACUAAAAUCCAGCACAGUUCUGAGCUUUGAGGACUUGGAAAGUGAAAUACAAUCCAAAGAUGAGAAUAAGCAGAAAACAUUCACCUUAGGAAAGUCCUAUGAUGCUGUGUCUGGGAAAAUUGUUACCAUGACAAGUAAAACAAAAGAGGGAGAGAAAACAGUACAGCCUUCUGUAGAAGCUUUGCAAAAAAAGGAGAAGGAAGCACAAGAAUCUUUGAAAAUCAUUCCAGUAUUGGCCAAGUAUGGGAUCGUAGAGCCUGUCGCUGAGGAGAAGGCCGAUGUGCAGAGCACAAAAAGAAAGCUGUCUGACUCCCUGACACCUAUAAAGGAAGCGGAAUCUCAGUUGCAAAGUCCCGAAGAGGAGAGCUUGAAAAAGACACUAAGGAUGGACCAAGAUUUGCAGUUACUGGGAAGCUUGCAGCUUGGCAAAGCAGAAAAACACCUUGAUGGUGAAGCUGCAAAAGCAGGGGCAUUUACCUGGAAAGAUAAAAGUGUGUCUGAGUGGAGAUACUCCAGAGAACAACCAUUUACCAUUGCUACUGCUCACUAUGUUGUUACUGAGUCGUCUGCAUCAAAAGUAGUGACUAAACAGUCCACCGGUGAAAAAACCCUGGAUGGCUCAGAUAUCUUCAGUUUAAUAGAGUCCGCCAGGAAGCCGACUGAGUUCAUAGGAGGGGUUACUACUACUUCCCAUAGCUGGGCGCAGAGAAUAGACACGACAACAUCUCAGGAGAUAACUUCCAGUGAACUGAAGCAAGCAGCUCAGCCACACCAGGACGCAGUGACGAAGGUUGUACAGGAGACUGUGGUUAUCGAGGAGAGACGUGGGAUGAAUGUGCAUGCGAGUGGGGAUCCCGCUACAGUGGCUGGACUUGCAGAUGCCCAGGCUCAGGCAGCAUCUGCUAGCGCAAAAGGGAAGGAGGGCACUGCUGUGACUAAGGGGGCUAAAGAGGAAAAAAGGGAGGCUCACAAAGCUGUAACCAAACAGGAAGGCAUUGCUGCUGCUACUUCUCAUGAGCAAGCGGAGGAGCACAGUACAACAGUCCACGUUUCAGACUCUUUGGAAAGAAAACCUCAUUUUGAGUCACCAGUUGUGAAGACUGAAACAAUCAGUUUCAGUAGUGUUUCUACUGGGGGGGAAAACCUUGAAAUUUCAACAAAGGAAGUGCCAGUAGUCCAUACAGAAACAAAAACCAUUACAUAUGAGUCUUCACAGGUGGAUAGUGGUGCUGACUCAGAGCCUGGUGUGCUGAUGAGUGCACAAACUAUCACGUCUGAAACCACCAGCACUACAACCACUACACAUAUCACCAAAACUGUGAAAGGAGGCAUCUCAGAAACAAGAAUCGAAAAACGAAUAGUCAUCACAGGAGAUGCAGAUAUCGACCAUGAUCAGGCGCUGGCUCAGGCAAUUAAAGAAGCCAAAGAGCAGCACCCUGACAUGUCAGUGACCAAAGUAGUGGUACAUAAAGAGACAGAAAUCACACCAGAAGAUGGGGAGGAUUGACCGCAGGAAUGAUCUAGAUUGCAUAUGAAUCCAGACAGGCACACCCAUAGGAAUACGAGAGCCUCUAUGGAGUCUCAGUUCCAACUUGACUGACUUGUAUCUGUGUAUGGAAAAUUUCAGUACAGAAGAAUUGAUCUUGACCGUUAAUAAAGAAACUGGCAGAGAUCUCUUCCCAUAGAAAGCAAUCUGAAUCAGCAGCAGUUAUAUUGCAUGAAGCAACGAUAAAAUUACAGAAAAGCAGCAUUUUUAAUUUUCUUAAAAUGUCUAAGUUUUCAGCUAUACCUGCACGUUCAUAAACAAUAUAAACAGUGAUCUCAUGUAACACAUAAACAGUUCAUGCCUUUCACAGUUUAUGAAAGUCUAAACAGAUUAAAAUUUGUUAGGUGGCAAGCCUUUUGUUUAUGGAUAAUUGUAAAUGAAGAUUACCCCCAAAAUGCUAGAAGCUCUGUAGGUACUGUGUAUAAUGUUUUACCACACAUUAGAUGUGCCAAUAACACGGUUUAUUCAGUAAACAACUUGAAUCUCAUAUUUGUUUCAUCUUGUUUUGUUACUGCCCGAUAAACAAUGACGAAUCUUUACUCUUAUCAAAAUAUUUAAAUGCUUACAAAGUGUGCUUUGUAUACCUGACUGAAUACCUUAUGAGGUAGUAAUGAUUUUAGCUUAUUAACUUUAACGAUUUUUGUCAGCGUUGUUCAGAGUCAGCUUCUGGUCACCCUUCACAGAUCCUAGCCUUGUAAAUUAUAUGUAGUUAUUUUGGGGAAAAAAAAAAAAAUCUGUAUUUUACUUAGUUUGCAGCAUUAGAAAGUUAUUAAUCUAAAAUAACCACAAUGGUUUUCUAUUGAUUUCCCUUUUUGUUAUCAGAGGAAAAGAAAAUAUCUGUUUGAGAAUCUGGUGAGCAUUUACUAUCUAGUUCAGAGUCAAGCCUUAACCUGUACAGAACGUCCACUGAAAACUCGUUAGUGUUCAGCUAUAAUACCCACUGAAGGGAUAGAGUCCAUUACACUGUCAGCUGCAUCACAACACAUGGUGAAUGUAUGUUUCUGCAUAGUGAAAUAAAAGUGGUAAAUGCAUCCAAAAUUGUAUUGUUCUGUGUCUAAAAGUGCCCAGUGUUUCUCACAGGUUUUACGUAUCUGCACAGUAGACACAUUUUGUCUUCAUUGGCUAAGACUGCGCUGUGCCGACAGUUGGAGUUGCAGGGGGACCAAAGGGAUGACCCUGUUUACCUGUGGGUAAAUGUUGUUUGUGAAGGAAAAGAAGCAUUUGGUUUCUUCUGUUUUCUGUAGUUGUGUACUGUUCCACUGAGGCUUAAUGAAGGAUUUUGUGGUUGCUUAGAAAGUAAAUGCCUGUAGCCCUUCUCUUUUGGCAUUUUUGCUCUGAAACAUGGAUUAAAUUCUCUCUUCAAAGCAUUAUUUAAUCUUCUAUUUCUUUUUCUUGCUCUUUUGCCACAUCUCAUUGACACUCCCCUGAUAAUUCAAGAGAAAUUCUUAACAAAUAAUCCACCCUUCAAUAUGUAUCUCCUUGCAGGAUUGAAAGAAAUAGAUACAAGCAGACUUUUUAGGACAUAAAGGGCCACAUUUGCCCUUCGUUGUUUACAUGGGGCUCCCUCUCACUGAAGUCGAUGGAUUUGGCUUCAGUCAAGGGCAAGGCUUGACCCAGUGACUUGUUAAUAAAUGUUUAUUUUCUUAAUUUAGAAAGAAAAAAUAGUAUAUAUAGAGAGAAUAAUCUGUAGAUUAUAAAUAAAAAUCAUAUCCCAAGGCUUCAGAAGCUUUGCCCUCAGUCCCCAAAAUGUCUUCCUUCCACCAGCCAUCCUUCAUGCCUUUAAUCCACAGUGCGAUCUGUGUAACUUCCCAUACUGCAGUCAUUUCUUACCUCUUGCCUGAUGAAUAACGCAAAGGUUACAGUCUGUUGUGAUCUUAGGCUGACCUCUCUCCCCACUUGCCCUUUAUAUUUAGAUACGAGUAUGUCCUUGCCCUCUUUGGUGAAGGUAGGCUCAGCUUUCUGGUGUUGCUAGUGUCCUGCAGCAGCCAUAGGUGGAAGAGGUGCUCACGCAGCAUCACAGCAGACUUCCUUCCAGGUUCUCACUACUGCAUCAGGAGUUUAAAAAUAGACUCUGAAGCCAUAUUGAUAUUCCCUCAGGUGCCCCUUACGUUGUCAGCUAAGAAACAGCAUUGUAUUACCUCAGAGAGAGGUGAGGCAGUUGAAAAGCCUUCUCUCCAGAGAUAGCAUUAUAUUUUAGCAUGGCUUGAGGAGAUUGUACUUUGGUGAUACUACACAGUAUGUAUGCUGUCUAAAGAUAUUGUAUCUUAGAAAGGUAGUGUCCUUGGUAAGGAUGCUUAUGGCUAAGAUACAGCCUAAGCAUGUGCAAAAUAUGAGGAGAUUAGAGUGGACAGGCAAGGACAUCUCAGUGUCGCUGUUGGCAGUAGACCCUUGUUUGGGGGAUGGUUCCUGGGAGUAAUAGUCUUGGUUUUUGUUAGAAACUGUUUCUUGGGUUGUCUGCCUAAUGCUGUGCCACAUGAAAUAAAAAACACCUGCCUGUUUCUACCAACCAA